GGGCGCCCGAGCAGCCGCCAUUGUCGCCGCGCCGCGUUCCGCGUUAAAGGGGCCGCGCUUCGCCACCGCCGCCACCGCAGCACCCGGGGAGGGGGGCCGCGCUUCCGACACUUCGCCCAGCCCGACCCGAGCUGAGCCGCCGCCAUGAGGGAGAUCGUGCACAUCCAAGCGGGCCAAUGCGGCAACCAGAUCGGGGCCAAGUUUUGGGAGGUGAUCAGCGACGAGCACGGCAUCGACCCCACGGGCACCUACCAUGGGGACAGCGACCUGCAGCUCGACCGCAUCAGCGUCUACUACAACGAGGCCACGGGUGGUAAAUAUGUGCCCAGAGCCAUCCUGGUGGACCUGGAGCCCGGCACCAUGGACUCGGUGCGCUCCGGGCCCUUCGGGCAGAUCUUCAGACCCGACAACUUCGUCUUCGGGCAGAGCGGGGCUGGCAACAACUGGGCCAAAGGCCAUUACACGGAGGGGGCCGAGCUGGUGGACUCGGUGCUGGACGUGGUGCGGAAGGAAGCGGAGAGCUGCGACUGCCUGCAGGGCUUCCAGCUGACCCACUCGCUGGGCGGGGGCACGGGGUCCGGGAUGGGGACCCUCCUGAUCUCCAAAAUCCGCGAGGAAUACCCGGACCGCAUCAUGAACACGUUCAGCGUGGUGCCGUCCCCCAAGGUGUCGGACACGGUGGUGGAGCCCUACAACGCCACGCUGUCCGUGCACCAGCUGGUGGAGAACACGGACGAGACGUACUGCAUCGACAACGAGGCCCUGUACGACAUCUGCUUCCGCACCCUCAAGCUGACCACCCCCACCUACGGAGACCUCAACCACCUCGUCUCGGCCACCAUGAGCGGCGUCACCACCUGCCUGCGCUUCCCGGGGCAGCUCAACGCCGACCUGCGCAAGCUGGCCGUCAACAUGGUGCCCUUCCCACGCCUGCACUUCUUCAUGCCCGGCUUCGCCCCGCUGACGUCGCGCGGCAGCCAGCAGUACCGGGCCCUGACCGUCCCCGAGCUCACCCAGCAGGUCUUCGACGCCAAGAACAUGAUGGCCGCCUGCGACCCGCGCCACGGCCGCUACCUCACCGUGGCCGCCGUCUUCCGCGGCCGCAUGUCCAUGAAGGAGGUGGACGAGCAGAUGCUGAACGUGCAGAACAAGAACAGCUCCUACUUCGUGGAGUGGAUCCCCAACAACGUGAAGACGGCGGUGUGCGACAUCCCGCCCCGCGGCCUCAAGAUGGCCGUCACCUUCAUCGGGAACAGCACGGCCAUCCAGGAGCUCUUCAAGCGCAUCUCGGAGCAGUUCACCGCCAUGUUCCGCCGCAAGGCCUUCCUGCACUGGUACACGGGGGAGGGGAUGGACGAGAUGGAGUUCACCGAGGCCGAGAGCAACAUGAACGACCUGGUGUCGGAGUACCAGCAGUACCAGGACGCCACGGCCGAGGAGGAGGAGGAUUUCGGCGAGGAGGCCGAAGAAGAGGCCUAAGAGAGGCGCCGGCCUUCGUCCUUUGCCGUCAUCGUCGCUGUCGUCGUCAUCGUCCUCGGAGAGCCCUCGUCCUCCCGCGUCGUCCUCGGAGAGCCCUCGUCCCUCCGCUGUGCUCCUGGCUGCACCACAAACAUGGCCGCCAUCGUCCCUCACCAUUGUCACCAUGAAGACGUCGGCCACCAUCAUCGUCCCUCGGCUCUGUCACCACGAAGACGUUGGCUGUAGGUGUCGUCCUUUGUUGGUCACCUUGAAGAGCUCUUGGCCUUGUUGUCAUCCUUCUUUAUCACCGUCACCACGAAGAUGUUGGUCGUCAUCGUCGUCAUCGUCAUCAUCUUUUGGCACCGUCACCACAGAGAUGUUGGCCAUCAUCAUCAUCUUUUGGCACCGUCACCACGAAGAUGUUGGCCAUCAUCACCAUCCUUUGGUGUUGUCCCCACGAAGAUGUUGGCCAUCAUCACCAUCCUUUGGUGUUGUCACCACGAAGAUGUUGGCUUUGGCAUUGUCCUUUGGUCUUGCUCCCUUGAGGAGCUCUCGGCCGCCAUCGCUGUCCUUCGGCCGCGUCACCGUGAGGAUGCUGGCCAUCGUCGUCAUCGUCCCGCAGUGACCUCCGUGCAGACGUUGGCUUUGGCCAUUGAUCUUCAGCGCUGUCCCUUGAGGAGCUCUUGGCCACCAUCCUCGUCCUCUGGCCGUGCCACCACGAAGAUGCUGGCCACCAUCAUUGUCUCUCAGUGUCGUCACCACGAAGGCGUUGGCCUCCACCAUCGUCCAUUGGCGUUGUCACCAUGAAGAGCUCUUGGCCAUCGUCAUCUUUCGGCUGUGUCACCACGGAGGUGUUGGCCUUGGUCAUCGCCCUCUUGGCCUUGUCCCCCUUGUCCCCUUGACGAGCUGUUGGCCAUCGUCCUUUGGCCAUGUCACCAUGAAGGUGCUGGCCGUCACCCUUGUCCUCCAGCAAGGUCACCACGAAGACGUUGGCCUUGGUCAUCGUCCUUCGGUGCUGUCACCACAAAGACAUUGGCCAUUGUCCUUCAUUGCUGCCACCAUGGAGGCGUUGGCCAUCGUCCUCUUGGCGUUGUCACCUCCAGGAGCUGCUGGCCAUCAUCGUCAUCAUGCCUUGGUGGUGUCACCACGAAGACGUUGGCCUUGGUCGCCAUUUUCUGCCGUUGUCACCACGAAGCUGUUGGCCAUCGUCACCAUCUUCUCAGUGUUGUCACCUCUUAGAGCUGCUGGCCAUCAUCAUCCUCACCCUUCAGCACUGCCACCACUGUCACUCCUGUCUGUCCCCCCUCAGCUGCUGGCCGUUGAUGUCACCUCAUGGCCGCCGUCCCCCCGUCAGCGCUCCUUGUCCCCCCGUCCUUUGGUGGUCGCUGCCACCCCCCCAAAGGGCUCUCCUGUCCCCUUGUCCCCCCCCUCCUCCCUCCUCAACAAAUUCCAUUUUUGUUUUGUUGUUUUUUUCCCCCUAUUUGGUUUAUUUUUUUGUUCUUUUUGGUUUUUUUUUUCAUAUUGAAAAGCCGCCCCCGGGGCAAAGAAUAAAACCGGGACGGAACGCCGCCAA